AUGGACGAUAUCAAGGUGUUUCUUGUAUCCGUGUCCGGAGGUUCGACCUUGCAGGUGCAGUACAUUAUCCGCAAGUCUUCGGACCUCACCCGUUCCACUUCGCCCCUUCCUGUUGAGGAAGCUCCAUCUGAGACGCCCAACCCCGACUUGGACCAUACACGCACUACUCUGGCCGCGCCCUGCAAACCCCCAAGUCUGCUUAAUCGCCUGGCUAAUUCGCUCAAGUACUCGCUGGCGGAUGAGGACUGGGAAGCAAAAGCUUGCCAGCAGUUCUUCGAGGCGGCCAGUGCACUAAUGCGUUGUGGCGCGCCAGAGCUUACCCUGACUGUCUACGUGCAACUCAGGGUUGGGGAUGGAGCCAGUGGCUCCGGAUCCGUGCAACUUGAAUUUGCUUCCGCUUUCCGGAACAACAUCGGCACCAAGGAGGAGAUAUCGGACAUGCUUGGCUCGUCGUCAAUCCUCUACGGGGCCGAUGACAGUCUUGCAACGACGUUCGUAAAUUGCAAGAGGAUUAUCCAGCAAUCCUCCGCCAAAGCGAUUUAUGAAGUCACAUGGGAUGGAAAACCGGCCAUCGCGAAAUGCUGGUCCCAUCUCGAGUCGAACGUUCGGGGGCAGGUGGCUCUCCAGGUAGUGGUCAAACUUAGCGACGAUGGCGGUUUACCUCCCUUUGCGUCGUCUUUUGCAAGUACCACCUCUGACAGUUAUUGUUGCAGAGCUUCUGUCCGCAAGACAUCAGUUCUAAAGAGCAUUCUAUGUCUGCUCGCUACACUCAGCUCAAGGCCAAGAAGAGCACUCCGGCCAAUAGCAAAGAAGAAGAAUGAUGAAGACGAUAAGCCUGGCAAGAAAAGACAUCGCUCCCCGUCACAGAAGAAGAGAUCUAGAGAGUGGUUUCAAAAGAAGAUAGAGGAACGCAAGGCUGCCUCGGCAGCCAAGAAGGAGAUAGCUACUUGGUGGUCUCCGAGCUACAAGCCCGGUCGGAAGAAUGCCAACCUCGCAAGAUGA